GCCUUUUAUCUUGAAAGUCAAAACCGGAUGUGUCAGAGUUUAAUCACGUGACAGUAGCUAAGGCAACAUGGCGGAUGCCGGCAAGAUGACCGUAGACGGAGGAGACAUGUUGCGAUAUGCUGAAUAUACUUCAAAAACAAAUGUCAGGAGUGAGGCGGGUAUAGACACACGGCUGGGAGGAGCUCUGAUUGCAGUCGGUCUUGGUGUGGCUGCUGCAGGUUUUGCAGGUCGCUAUGCAUUCCAGCUGUGGAAGCCUCUUGGACAGGUCUUUUCUGAAACUGUCAAGAAGAUGCCAACAUCAGCCGCUUUUUCACCAUAUUACAAAGGAGGUUUUGAGGGGAAGAUGACCAAACGAGAGGCUAGCCUCAUUCUUGGCAUCAGCCCAACUUGCACUAAGGCAAAAGUACGCGAUGCCCAUCGAAAGAUCAUGGUCCUGAAUCAUCCAGAUAAAGGUGGGUCACCGUAUCUCGCUGCUAAGAUCAAUGAGGCCAAAGACCUUUUUGACAAGGAGAACCGGCGAUGACCUGCAAAGUAAACAAACCCUUUAAAGACUUCAAUCAUCUCGUGCAUGAUCUCAGCCCAGUGGUGCUCCAUCAACAUCGUGGCUGUGCUUCUGGGUCCAGAAAAUAUACAUUCAUGAACGUUUUCUUUUUAACUUAUCUCCAACCUAAUGUGUAAACAUAAUGAAUAUGUAAAUUAAAAGUGAAGGAGAUUGCCUUGAAGGGACUUGACAGUGAAUUUGUAUGUAAGUUGAGGCGUAAUCAUAAAGGGCAUACGUGGGAACUAUAGCUGCCCUCUAAUGUACUGCAUCAACUAAAACAUUUUGUAUAAAGUUGUAUCUAUUGAAAGAAUAGGAGAAAUAUACAAUACCUUAAUUCCUUGUUUAAACAGUUGAUGUGAACGUUUUUUUUAAAUAAACUCGAUAUAAUA